AAAAGGAAUCCAGCUUCAUAUUAAUAUGGCUCUCCAGCUGUUCGUCUCAGAAGGCAUUGUCAUGACAUGCACAUAAGCAGAAAAGAACACAUUGCAUGGGCCACUCGCCACGGCUUAUUAAUUUCCAACACUCAUUUCUGAUGAGUAACAAAAACUGCAUAAAUGGUUAUUAUUUUCUGGCUGACCCGUUGUGUCUCACAUAUAUCAUCUUCAUCUACAAUGCUGCGCCAGCACAGCAGUUCAGCGAAGUGCCAGCUGUCAAAGAUGGUCACAUCACCAGCGAGUCGCCGUGGGGCGCUCAUCGUCCUGGAAGGCAUAGACAAGGCCGGCAAAUCCACCCAGGCGCGCCGCCUGGUGGAGUCCCUCUCUGCGCGCGGCACGCCCGCCCAGCUGAUGCGUUUCCCAGAGCGGAGCACGCCAAUCGGCGGCCUCAUCCACUCGUACCUCUCCGGCGGCGACUGCGGCACCGUCGACGACCGCGUGGUCCAUCAGCUGUUCGCCGCCAACCGGUCCGAGCUACUGCCGCGCAUGCGCGAGCUGCUGAGCGCCGGCGUCAGUCUGGUGGUGGAUCGAUACGCCUUCUCGGGCGUGGCCUACUCGGCGGCCAAGCCGGGCCUGUCGCUGCACUGGUGCCGCCAGCCGGACGUGGGCCUGCUUCGGCCCGAUCUGGUACUCUAUCUCCACCUGGCGCCCCAGGAGGCGGCUCGCCGAGCCGGCUUCGGAGAGGAGCGCUACGAGACGCUCGACUUUCAGACGCGAGUGGCGGCCAACUACGAGCAGCUGUGGGCGCCCUACUGGCGGCGCGUGGAUGCGGCACGCGCUCCGGACACUGUGUUCGAGGAGCUGCUCGCGCUGGCAGAACAGUGUGUGGCCUCAGAGCGGUCCGCAGAACCUCAGCCACUCUGGGAGGGGGAUGAGGCUGAUACCAAGGUGUAGUGAGCUAGUUCAUAAUGAACUGCGCCAGUGUCUUCCACAAUAAGUAUGCUAACGAGUAACGACUGAGUGCAGUUCUUGUCAAAACGACAGGAUGCCUGUGUUGUUUUACACUUAUCGCCAUUUGCAUGAAUAUCGAAAAUAUAUGCUUCGAUGCUUUUUAGAAAAUAA